AUGCCCAUCAACAGCACUUCCAGAUCCUCAAUGCCAGUGCAGGUGCUGAAUGUUAUCAUACUGUUCCUUAGUCUCUUUAUCGCAUGUGCCCUUGCUGGAGACCAGGCCAAGUAUCGGACCAACCCCUCUUCAUCCAACUAUAGCAGUCAUAGACAAGAUGUCUGUGGCAGAUAUGAUAGAUUCCGUUCUGGUGAGAUUGAGCUGAAAGAUGCCCUUUCAGGCAUAGCUUUGAGGCCAGUCUUUGUGUCUUUUGAAGGUUAUGAUGAGUAUAUUGACAGCAACAAUCCAGGCAUUCCAAUAGAGCUGCUCGAUCUAGUCGCUGAACGGGCCAAUUUCACUUGGCGCAAGUCCUUUGGCGUCACUGAAGUUGCUGGGAAUUACAACGUGACAUGGACUGAGCUUCUGCUCUGGCAGAUUGACAACUACGAUAUAACAAUUGAUGGCUGGGAUCAUUCAGUAGAAAGAAUGGAGCGCGGUGUUACAUACACCGAGCCAUGGUCCGAUGCCAGCUUUAUUUUGAUUGACCGGAGGAGGAACCUUCGGGAAGUCAACGCUGUGGAUCCUUUCAAUUGGACUAAGCCUUUUGAACCAGCUGUGUGGGGAAUGAUUGCUCUGACAAUUUUCCUGUCUGCGCUAGUCUACCAGCUCAUUGAAUAUCUCAACGGAGAGAGAGAAGACAGGUCCCUCUACCAAUGGUUCUCCGACAACAUCUACCUCAGUGUUCUCAACUUCUCCCAGAACUUUGAAUAUGCUCCCACCAGUCUUGCUGGAAGAAUAUUUGGUGUCAGCAUGACACUUUGGGCACUGGUCAUCAUGGCGACAUACACAGCAAAUCUAGCCUCUCUGUUUGUGGACUCCCGAAUAGAACCAAUCUUGGUGGACUCAAUGGAGGCAGCAGUGGUAUAUGGUUAUCGUGUCUGUACAGUUGAAAAUACCAAUUUGGACUUUUACAUUCGUGAUACCUAUCCAAAAGCACACCGGGUAACCAGAGUUGAUGACUUUGAAAUGUUCAAGUCACUGAGAAACGGAGAAUGUGAGCUGGCUGCGACAUAUUCUGAUGUAUGGCACGAAGCUCAGGUUAUCGAGGAGUACAACCCUCACUGUGACUUGGAGUGGGUUGGUGGUGAAAUACGGUCCAUCAAGUCUGGCUUUGCUGUUAUAGCAGAUGCAGGUGACAAGUGCAGCAGUUUGGUCCGCCAUGUUGUGAAUUUAUUUCUGGUAGAAAUAGUGGAAGAAGGGAUCCUUGCAGAGCUUAGGCAAAAAUACCAAGAAUUAUCAGAUGAUGGCAUCUGCAGCUAUGAUGAAGAAGAUGAAGAUACACGAGACCGCCGACUUCAAUCCCACAAUAUCCCACACCAGUCAAAGAUACUCAGGGGGCCCCAGGCUUCUUCUAAGCAUCGGGUUCUCAAGAGUAGUGGAGGAACAUCUGGUGGAGGAGCACCAGAGGGUGAUCCUAUAGACUCUGAUACAUUGACUCUGCAGCAGAUGGCUGGGACAUUCAUUCUGCAUUGGGGAGUCAUGGCUGUGGCUGUUGUGGUUAGUUGCUUUACUGCCUAUGGUGAGAAAAAUGACUGGUUUAUGAAGGAAGGGCAGAUAGUGGAGAAAGUGAUCCACAGGAACUUUGGACCAAUCAUUGGAAUGCCACCACCAGUCAAUACUUAUGUCGUCCGGAGCGUCAAAAAGGACGAGUCAGCAUUGGAGGACAACGAGAACGUCAGCAACAAUCCUGUUAGGGGUGAUAAUUAUGAUAUUGCUGCACUUGGAACGAGAAUGAAUGAAAUGCAGAAAGCUUUGGAUGCCCAAACGGCAAUGAUGCAAGAGAUGCGGCAAUUCUUAAGGGAACCUCCAAAAGAGCAUUUUGUGUAA